GGCUGUGCGCCCACGGGAGCCGCGGGCUCGGUCCUGAGCGAGUCCCGCGGGACGGGGGAGACGCGGCCCCGGGGGGACCCACGCCGCGCGAACCGGCCCCGGCCUCCUGCCGAGCGCGACCCCCCGAGGGGGGCUCGGCACCGGGAGCCGCUGCGCUGCGGGAGGGGGCUCCGCGCCCACGCGAGCCGCCGCCGGGACACCCGGACGGGUCUGUGACGGCUGCUGGUACCGGAGGGGCGCGCCCGACAACGCGCAGGAGGCCGCGGGUGCUGCGGAGGCUGCUUGGCCCCAGCAGGAUGUCCCAGCCGCCCCCAUUCACCCUCCACAUCUCUGAGGACACCGAGAGCGAUAACCAGGAGCUGAGCCCGGACAAUGAAGGAGCCCUGCACACCUCCUUCCGCCAGCUCAUCCAGGAGCAGAGCAGCUUGGCAGAGGCGGGCACAGAGCUGGAGCUGCAGGAGAGGGGCAGAGGCCACCUGGCCCCUCCAGAUGCCUCUGCCUCUGCCUGGCUGGAGCCUGGGCAGGGCGAGCAGCACCCAGGAGACUCCACCACCCUGCGCAUCCUCGCCAGCAUGCCCAGCCGCACCAUUGGGCGCAGCCGGGGGGCCAUCAUCUCCCAGUACUACAACCGCACCGCGCGGCUGCGGCGCCGGAGCAGCCGCCCGUCCCUGCAGCAGCUCAGCCGCACGGCGCGGCCCAGCCUGCGGCAGUACGACCUGGAGACCGACCCAGCCCGCGCCACGCUGGAAGACAAGCGGAGCCUGCUGGCGAAGGAGCUGCUGAGCCUCUCACCCAGCCAGCGCAGCCACAUGCUGCUCUCGGUGCCCCUCAGCCUGGCGGAGAAGCACGCCCUCCGGCGGGAGCUGAACGAGCAGAGGAGCCCCCUGGGGCUGCGUGCCCACCACACAGCCGCCCUGUCUCCCUGUGGGUGGUCCAAGGACUACAUCACGCUCGGCUGCCGGCACCUCUGGUACAGGCUCCUCGCUCUGCUCCCCGCUGCACAGCCCUGGCACUACGCCCUGAAGCAGAUCGGCGGCCGCUUCGGCUCCAGCGUCCUCUCCUACUUCCUCUUCCUCAAGACGCUCCUCAUGUUCAACGUUUUCUCAUUCCUCAUCCUCCUGGUCUUUGUAGUUGCCCUGCAGGCUGCAUAUCCCCCGGCCAAAGCCAACCAGCAGUCCUUCACUGGCUUUGAGCUCCUCACCGGAGCGGGCUACUUCACCCACUCGCUGCUGUACUACGGCUACUACAGCAACAUCACCCUCAAUGACCCCUCUGCCUCCAGCCUCAGUGGCAGCGUGCCCCCCCCUGCAGCCCCCCAGCUCCCCUACAACAUGCCGCUGGCCUACCUGUUCACCGUUGGGGUCUCCUUCUUUGUCACCUGCAUCCUGCUGGUGUACAGCAUGUACCACUCCUUCGGGGAGAGCUACCGUGUGGGCAGCUCUGCGGGGGACCUGGCCGUCAAAGUCUUCUGCGCCUGGGACUUCAAGGUGAUCCAGAGGCGCUCGGUGAAGCUGCAAUGCGAGAACAUCUGCACCCAGCUGAAGGAGCUGCUGGCCGAGCGGCGGUCCCGCUCCUGCCCCCUGAGCCUCUGCCAGCGACUGGGGCACGUGGCUGUCCUUCUCCUGGCCUGGGUCCUUUCGCUGAGCACGGUGCUGGGCUGCGUGGUGGCCGUGCACUACUUCUCGGAGCACAUGCACGCGGUUCAGCAGGAGCACCGAGCUCUGGCGGGCAGCAGUUGGCAGCGGGAAGGCAUCCUGCUGGUCCUGCCCCUCACCGUGUCGCUCCUCAACACGCUGAUGCCCCAUCUCUACAACUUGCUGGCGACAUGGGAGAGGCAGGAUUCCCCAGAGGUGGAGGUCUACGUGGCCAUCUGCAGGAACCUCCUGCUGAAGAUGGUGGUCCUCGGCCUGCUCUGCUACCAGUGGCUCAGCCGGAGAGUCGUCUGCUCCACCGAGGAGUGCUGGGAGACGUGUGUCGGGCAGGACCUGUAUCGCUUCAUGGUGAUGGACUUCGUGUUCACGCUGCUGGACACCAUCUUUGGGGAGCUGGUCUGGAGGCUGAUCUCAGAGAAGAGACUGAAGAGUAAGCAGAGGCCUGAGUUUGACAUUGCCCAAAACGUGCUGGAGCUGAUCUACGGGCAGACCCUGACCUGGUUGGGUGUUCUCUUCGCACCGCUCCUGCCAGCUGUGCAGGUGCUGAAGCUGCUGCUGCUGUUCUACAUCAAAAAGACCAGUCUGAUGCAGAACUGCCGGUCCCCCAGCAAGCCCUGGCAAGCUUCUCGUAUGAGCACUGUGUUCAUCACCCUGCUCUGCUUCCCAUCCUUCCUGGGCGCUGCCGUCUUCAUCUCCUACACCAUCUGGUCAGUGAAGCCGUCAGAAACCUGUGGCCCCUUCCAGGGGCUGGAAACCAUCUACAAGUCUGUGAAUGUCUGGGCAAAGUUGCUGGAGGAGUCCAGCCCCAACAUCACCUGGCUCACCUGGAUCCACCAGUACCUGGUGGAGAACACCUUCUUCCUGUUCUUCCUGUCCGGGGUGCUGCUAGCCGUGACCUACUUCAACAUCCAGGUGGUGAGAGGCCAGCAGAGGAUCAUCUGCCUGCUGAAGGAGCAGAUUACAAACGAGGGAGAAGAUAAAAUAUUUCUCAUUCAGAAGCUUCACUCCAUUUGCAAGCAGAAAGAGGGAUGUGCCUGAGUCCCAGUGUCACAGUCCCCAGGAAGGAGCAAGACAGACGGGGACAGCUCACUGCCAGAGGCUGGAUUUGGCCACUCUUUGUAAGCUACCACAGCACGGCACUGGAAACAGCGUGGCCUGGCGUGCCGGGGAAGCUUUCUCUCCACUGGCCUGCAGUGGCCAAGGAUUGACUUGGGCAUGCCACCCAACACCUCCCCGGGGAUGCUGCGGCACAGGGCUGGGGGCACUGCCCCCAGGGACACGGCAGGCACAGCAGGACCGAGGACAGGACCAGAGCCCUAGUGCUGUGUCCGGGGACACAGCUGCCCGUGGGGCU